AUGAAGGCACUUCCAGUGGCGGUAGACCGGAUCGGGAAGAAGAAGAAGGAGAAAAAGAAGGAGAGGACCCGCCACAGCAACAACGGGGAAGAGGUUCACACAAAAAAGAAAAAAAAAAACGGCACGGAGAGUCUCGUGAAAAAGAAGGGAAAGACAUCCGCGAAGGAGGACGCCGCGAGGAAAAUUCUAGAAAAGUUGAAGCGGAUGGGGUUACUGGGGGGGGAGAAACGAAGCAAGAAAGGGAAAGGGGUAGUGAGGAAGCACCAAAAGGAGGCAACCAAGUUGAGGAAGAUUACCCAGAGAGGGAGUCUAUUGAGGGAGGAAACCCGCAGAUCCCCCUUGGGGACAGACCCGGACGACUGCGCUGAAGCAAAACGGUCGGCCCAAAACAAAGCCCUCCUCGCGAAGAAGAGAAAAGAAAUAAUGAUCAGGUUACCCCCCAUUGAGGGGAACAACGAAUGGCUGGAAAAGUUAGACCUGACGUGUUCAGAAAACUUUUACUUAAAAAAAAUGAAAUUGUUUGGAAACUGCCCAGUGAGAGAAAGUGAAUUCAUGAGGCUCACACAUGAGAAUGUAGUAGACGGUCUGAAGAAGCUCCAAGACCUACAUAUCUCCUUUAACAGGCCAUACGACUUCUUGGCCGACAUGAUUAAGAGUGACGUGCACAUGGAGAGAGUAAGACAGAAGAUUGUAAAAGAUCAUGAGCGGGUGGAAGAGAAGGAAAAGAAUAAAAUAAAAAGAAUGAACAAGAAAUUUAAUAAGAAAAGUGGCUCUGCAAAAGUGGCUAGCCAAAUGGAAGCUAUAGAAAAAAAAAAAAAUUUGCAGAAAAUCGACCAGCUGCGGAAGGAAGAUAAGCUUAAGACGCUCAACGUGCAGGAGUUUUUUCUGAGGCACUCUAAGUCGGACCAAGAGAAGGGCCGACGGGGUAGGAACGAAGAAAGCGUUGGGAAGGGGAAUAAACAAAGGGAUGGAAAGGAGAAUGCAAAAGCGGAUCGAAAGGGGAAGACAAAGAGCGAUCGAAAGGGGAUGACACAGAACGAUCGAAAGGGGAACACACAAAGCCACCGAAAGGGUAAGGCACGCUUCAAGACGAAAAAGCGAAUUAAGAAGAACAAAAAAAAUAAAGGCAAGAAGAAUUUCAAGAGGCGUUAG